AUCCUGCUGGAUGACGGCCAUCGAUCUCUCAGAGCUGGCAGCAGAGGCAGCUUUCAAUGAAGGGGCUGACCAAGCCUCUGUGACAGCACAGAACAGUCUACAGCUCUCACAGUCCCAGGUGGAACAUGUUCGACAGCUGAUGCUGGAAGCUGAGAGACAACUCAAAGACUCUAAAGCUGAGGACAGUGAGAGGUUUCAAAAUGCUCUCAGCACUGCAAUGGAGGAUGAAGACGUCCCAGAUGCAUAUUUACGAGAGGACUAGUCAUAUCGAGACAUUUAGCACCGCUUUAAAGUAUCUUAAGCACUCUGAUACAACUACUGAAGCACAGAAUUGUAUUUAUGUUUGAUUAAUAGGGCAAAUGCUGUGAAAUGUGGGAGACUCUGUGGUGCAGCCAGGAGAAUUUAUAUCAAUUAAGUAUUAAAUACAAAACUAUGAGGGUAGGAAAAGGGACUUGGUAGAUAAAUACAUUCUAGAUCAGGGGCUUCACAUUUGCUUGUAAUUGUUAAACGCAAUUACAAUAUAAUGAAAUAGAUUUAAAUUUUAAACCAGUUUCAUUAAUCAGAAUCUCCUUUUUUUUUUUUUUUACUGUGUUGACUAUAUGUGAGUUAUAAUUACAGACAGAUGCUACCUUUGUGAUUUCUUAUUAAUUUUUAAAAUAAACAGUGAAAAAUA